UGUUUUUGUUUUUUGGGUGAACGCCCCAUCCCAUUUAUUGUUUUCAAGACUCACCAUUGGCUAGGCCACUUUCCAAUAACAAGUUUCAUGUGACGUAGCAUGGUAAAGUUUGGCAAGAUUCUCUUAGUCUUGGCGAAGUCCAAACUUACUCAACUUUGGCAUACUAUGGCGUGGCUAGCUUUGCACCAUACAGACACAUAGGAACGAUUUUUGCGUGCAAGCUGGCAAACAGAAAAAUGAAUGUGUGGCUGAAGUUUGUUUGCGGGGCCUCCCUCAUACCUGUCCAUGCCAAAGAAAGUAAGCGCGCGGGACAUAUGUUCAGACUUGAUUACUUGACCAAGACAGAAAAGUAAGUCGGAAAAGUAGACGGUUUUGAAGAAUCAACCAAACAACUAGUCCUUGGCACCGUUCUAGCAGAAGAGUCUCUGCUAUGCUCGUGUAUAACUCAAUAUAUACCUCGUGUGUUCUCCUCCGGAGUCUUAAAACCGGGGCACCAAAACACAAGCUACGUACGUGCAAAGUUCAGUCAGACUUUGAGUUGACAGACACCACACCAGCAAUGGCCGGAGCAGUAGACGAUCUGAAGCUGCUGGGCACGUGGUACAGCCCGUACGUCCUGCGAGUGCGCCUUGCUCUCAGCAUCAAGGGCAUCAGUUACGAGUAUGGGGAGGAGGACCUCCGGCACAAGAGCGAGCUGCUCCUCCGGUCAAACCCCGUCCACAACAAGGUCCCCGUGCUGAUCCACGGCGGCAAGCCCGUCUGCGAAUCGCUGGUCAUCCUACAGUACAUCGACGAGGCCUUCGGCGGUGCCGGCCCCGCCCUCCUCCCGGCCGACCCCUACGAGCGCGCCGUCGCCCGGUUCUGGGCCGCCUUCAUCGAGGACACGCUCGUGAAAGCGAUGAACCAGGCGUCAUGGAGCAAGACGGAGGGGGAGAAAGCGGAGGGGAACAAACAGGCGACUGCUGCGUUGAGGACCCUGGAGGCGGCCCUGAGGGAUAUCUCCAAGGGGAAGCCCUUCUUUGGAGGCGACAGCGCCGGGUAUGUGGACAUCGUGCUCGGCGGCCUCCUCGCAGGGGUGCGCGCCAUGGAGGCGAUGCUGGGCGUCAAGGCCUUCGACCCAGUCACGAUGCCGCUCCUGGCCGCAUGGGCGGACCACUUCGGCGCUCUGGACGCGGUGGUUGCCGUGAUGCCGGACGUGAGCAAGCUUGUGGAGCUCUUCAUCACGAUGCACGCUCAUAUUGCGGCCGAGGCCGCCACAGCAAACUAAUUAGAAAAGAUUACCAUUAUUAUUACUAUUUUGUGGAAAAAUGUUACCAUUAUUUAUUGGACCCGGAUAACCAAAAAUAAUUUGAUAAAGCGAAGAUGGGUAGGCAGCUCUCAAUGUUGUUUUCGCCAUCAGAUGAAA